AUGGCAGCUGCUGAAGCUCGCACAGAGCUCAGGAACACGUUCAGACCUCCACUGCCUCAAGGUGGGCAAGUUGAGCAGGCAAGCAGAUCACUGCGAUCCAUUCCCAGGGACAUGAACAUCUACAAGAAGGCAAAACCACAGAAACUACCAGCCAUUGAGGGACAAAACGCUUGCUCGUUUGGGAUCCUGCAAAAGUACUACACGAUAAAUCCGAAUGCUCCGAGUGCCGACUAUUUGCGUCCUCGGGCUUGGAACACCUUUGAAACCAACGAGCACUGUGUCCGCCCCUACUACGAGGGUGCCUUGAAAGAGCAGCUGCGCCAUGGUACGGGAAAAUGUGCAUUCAGAAAUCGCUACUUCAACUACGAAGGGGAAUGGGGUGGAGGGCUAUUCCAUGGUCAUGGCAGGCUGAUGAUCGGGGAUGGAUUCUAUGAAGGAGAGUUUGUGAAUGGAGAGAUCAGUGGCUCGGGGGUCAGACAGUGGGCGGAUGGGAGUACAUACACGGGUCAAUUCUUGAACGGAGAACACCAUGGGCAGUUGAAUUGCUGCUGCUCUGCUGUUGCUGUUGCUGUUGCUGUUGCUGUUGCUGUUGCUGUUGCUGUUGCUGUUGCUGUUGCUGUUGCUGUUCUGGUGUUGUUUGUGGUGGUGGUGGUGGUGGUGGUGGGGCUCUUCUUGCAUUCCAAUGGCGAUCGCUACGAAGGAGGAUUCCUCAACAAUCAGCGAUCCGGACAUGGCGUGCUUGUGCUGGCCGACGGCUCUCGGUACGAGGGAAACUUCGAGGAGCACAGGUUGAACGGAACGGGGACUAUGGAGCACAGCAACGGCGACCGUUACGAGGGCGAUUGGUGUAACGGUAAUCGAGACGGUCAUGGGGUCUACACGUACGGCAACGGUGACAGCUACAAGGGAAGAUUUGCGAGGAACUUGCGGUCAGGACCAGGAGUCUUCUUCCACCAUGAAAGCGGCAUGAGCUACAAUUGCGACUGGUCCAAUAACAUCCCAACCAUCUUGCCGGCCAAGUUGCGAGCGGAAACAAGCGAGAGGCUGGAGUUCGAGGCGGCAAGGAAGGAGAAGAUAGCCCAGGAGCCUCAAUCCUCUGAGGCGCAAGAAGGGGAUCAAGAAGCUGAAGGAAGUGAGGAGAAAGGAAACGAGGAAGAGGCGGAAGCUCCACAAGGACCGAAACCUCUUGCUGAGCUCCUCUCGCAGGAUUUUGCCGCUGGGAGCGAGAUUCCCCGCAUGGUGAUUCAAGUAUGCUCAGAGGAUGGCACAGCACAGACCGGAGAGUCAGGACGGCUCCUCGAAGUUACUUUCGGUGUCUUCGAGCGGGAAGAGGAGGAAGAGGCUGGGAAGGAGGGCGAGGCAGAAGCGGAGGCUGCCGACGAGGUUCAGGCAGACAAGGGUAAGUUCAAGAGAUAUCCCAGCAAGGCCUAUCCUCUGCAACAAGAGGCCGCUUCGAAUGCGGAGAAAGACAAGGAAGGGGCCGAAGAGUCUGCAGCAGAGAGAUCUCGUCCUUACCCUCCGACGUUUGUCAUCGGAGGGAUCAAGAUGGCCGACGGGGUUGCAGUCCUGGAGGGCUUGAAGUUGCCCCGGGAGCGGGGGCCUAUCGCCUUCGGAUCGGUUGUGUGUACCAGAAUUGUUUCCAAGACGUUGAGGCCUUGUAUCUUCUUUUCAAUGUGA